CAGCGAAACAUGUAUUGCACGCUCUGAGCGUAGCGGUUCUAAAGUAUACCUGAUUUAAUUGUUGAAUAACGUUGUAGUAUGGACGACUCACGGAGAAUGUCUCUUUCGGCUAACCAUGACCUAGUUCGCGAGCAUUCCAAUGGCACGUUUUGUAGGUUGUGUUUCUCGCAAAUAUACGAACUGCACCGUAUUUUUCCGCCUAACGAUCAACCAAAUCAACUGUUAGUGAAAAAAAUCGGAUACUGUACGGAUAUCAGCAUCACGUUUGUAAAGGAUAGCAACGCAUGUAUUUGUACUAAAUGCAUCGGCUUGGUCGAAGAAUUCUUUCGUUUCAAACAACUUUGCAGUGCCAACGAACAGUGGCUAAAGUCGGAUUAUCAUGGUCACGUGGCAACAAGUGCGCACCCAGACCAAGAACUGGUCAUCCAAGAUGGGGAAUUACUAACAAAGUCUCAAAGUUGUAGCUCACUGCUGACCAUCGAAACCGAGCAAAUUAAUACCAGUGAAGAUUUUGACGAAGCCACAGAAAACGGCAUCAACUCUUUCAUGGAUUAUCCCAUCAAAAACAAACAUUUGAGCAAGCAAUCGUAUAACGCAAGUGAGGUGACCUCAAACAGCCGCAGUCUGCGUGCACGUAAGCCAACUACAAGAAUACCAUCAAAAAAUCAGACAAAUCAACUAACCACAUUAUCAGUAAAAUCUGAAACUGGAUUGAAUGUUGAGAUACAGGAGAAUAAUGCAUACUCAACAGAAAGUAGUAAUGAUUCGGCUAAUGACCAAUGUUCGUCUGGGUCAGAUGUAUUCCAGCUGGUUCGCGGUUCGAAAAGUCGAUCGAAUCUUCAGUAUCUGGUGUAUCAUGGUUAUCGUUAUAGUAAUAAAAAUAAUGAUGGAAAGAUUUGGCGCUGCACCCACCAUGCACCAAUCUGUUGCAAAGCAGUUGUAAUGUUAGAGAAAAACCGUGUAAUUGAACUAAAUAAUCAUUUUCACAAUCAUUCUCCACCACAAACGAGAAAGAAAAAAGUGCAUUCAAACAACGAAGAUGAUUCAAAACACGACAAAAGUGUCAAAAUUUCCUUGGUCUUGAAAAAAGAUAAAGAUAUACUGCAAAGAGUUAAUAAAGUGUGCAACUUGUCGAAACAAAGUCAAUCCAACAAUUGGUUUAUUAAAGCCAAUCGAAAAACUGUAGAUGGAUUUACAUAUACUUUCUGUGGACUUAGAAAAGAUGGAGUAAUUCGCUUGAAAUGUGUUACUAAGAACUGUGCUGGCCGCAUUUACGUAAAUAGUAAUGGUGACUUAUUACGGACCAACAAAGUACAUUGUCACCCACCACAUACCGGACGUCAACGUGAUUAAACAUCAGUUUGAUGAAAUGAUCGAUUGAAAGCUUUCAUCGGUUGUAAACUUUAGAAUAGCGCUUUCCACAAGUUUCCUAAUAAUAUUUGUUUAGAUUUCGUUGCGCUGGUUUCAUAGAAGUAUGAUAACGAGGUAUAAAAUUAUUUUCUAUUGUGUCAUAGAUACUAAAAGGCCUAAGAUUUUAGAAAAAUUUUACUUAACAUUUGAGAGAUCAUAAAAAAUGAUGAACACUUCUUCGGAUUUCAAGGCUUUAAUAAGCCUCUUGUAUUACAUGAACUAUUAAAUUUGUAACAUAGAUAGUUCUAUUAUAUCUCAUUGAACCAGGAAUACCUGGUUGUUUCAUAUGUAGGCUCCCGGCCGAGCGGUGGCGGGUGGCAGAAUAACGAAGAUGACGUUUCUUUUAGUUCUAUACGGAGUAAUACCACGAAAUUCACCUUUUUUCUGAGUUUAUAGUUUAUCUUUUUAUGCUUUUCACUUAACAGCUACUUAUUCUCAAUAGUGCAGGAUUAGGCUGUUUUGGGAGUUCUUUCCCACAAUCUAACAAAAGUCACUAACGAUUGUUAAUAAGGCUAACACUUCACGCAGUCUCACUAAGUUCGGCAUAUCAUUAAGUUUACGCACAUAUGAACGUAUGUCCUACUGCAGUACAAUCUAGUGCAUACUCCACUAGUUAGAAAAUCUAUUCACAACACUUCAUGGUGAUCUUAAACACUACACAUGAAUCUGUUAAAUCUCUAUUCAUUACAGCAAUUUUCACUUCUUUAGAUGCCUUCCGAAAACAUUAUUUCUUGCUUGAUUUUGAGGUCACUUGAUACUUGACCCUCACAAUGCCCACUAUGCAUACUCCUACGGCUUACUGUAUUACACUCCGAACUAGACUUAACUUUUCACUUAAUUCUUCAGAAAUUGAGUCUGGUCUGUGCUGAACCGAGCUGAACUCUAACUUUUCACUUAAUUCUUCAGAAAUUGAGUCUGGUCUGUGCUGAACCGAGCUGAACUCUACUGAACUGAACUCUGAUUUUUUUCGACUAGUGGGUUUUAUGUUCCUAACAUUUCACUAGCUGUUCGGCCUAAACCCGAGACCAUCGUGAACGUUACCGCGGUUGUCCGUGAAAUUUCUUUGUUUACGCAGAGCACCUCAGUGUCGCGUAAACAAAAAACACCUCAGCAACCCCGAGCACAUUCCAAGAGCGCGUAAACAAAAACUGCUGCGCCAAUGCAAACCAGCAAAUUUGCUAAGGACGCUGCAUGCCCCCUUACUUACUGAGCUUGAUGAUACCUUAAGGGUUAGCAUCAAGUCGAUUGUGAUGGUAUCGGACUUAGGCGCGAGGAUAUGGGUAUUAAAAAAUUUUGUAUAGUUUUCAUAACUUAAUGAUAAUCUUGGAUUGUAAAUUUUAGCUCGGCUUAUUGACUUUGUGGACAGAAAAAUAUUCCGAUUUUAUCUAGUCAGCUGUUAUCAUCCUUAAUUGAAGUAUCCUGAAACGGAUUGCUUAGGUGUUUUUGAUUUCAUGUGUUUUCGUUUUGCUCUGUAUUUUAUUAUUCCUUUUGUUUAAUAAGGCUAGUAUACAAUAUGCGUUUUUAGUUUUGCUGGGAACAAUAAAACGUACAAAGGUUAUUUGAAAGUUUAGUAUGCUAUAAUUAUAAUUUUGAGAUACAUACACGGCUUGGUUUUCUCCCCUAAUAAGUAAAAUUUCUAAACAGUCUGAUCGGUACUCUAGAAGAAGAAGUUCUCUUUACUUUGUAUUAUGGGGGGGGCGGGGACUAUUUCGAAAUAGGAUACACGUACGCAAGAGCGGUUCGAAACACACGGCAGAGAAACUUUCAAAAUCGUAAUAUUUAUUUAGAGACCUACCUACACACCACGUGCAAAUUUACAAGCACACAUUUUCGAUGCGUUUUGUUAUGUUUUGUGAGUGGAACAAAAAACAGUGAAUUUAUGCUUCGAUUCGUCGCUGCUGCUUUAGCUGCCAUUCUUUAAAUAACGGAUAUGUUGCGGGUACUUCUUUUUGGUGUUCGUAUUGUUUCCGAGCUAUUCCCUUUUUUGCUGCCAAUUCCUAUCUCUCUAUUUCUUAAUUCUAUUAUCGUGAACGGUUCCACAUACUCAUUUUCCGUUUCUGUUUCUCUGUUGGUGCUUUUUUGUCUCGGUUCUACAGAGAUUGUCGGUAUUGGUUCUUCUUGAGUCUCCGCUAUCGGUCGUGCUCUUCCGUUCUUAUUCAUCAAAAUAGGCCCUGAUAUCAUGUCUUUAGUUAUGGGUUUUCCUCCCUUACUAUUUUCGUUUGUAAUCGUUAUAUCGUACAAUUCUAUGUCUGAAGUUUUGCUUUUCUUUCUUUCGACGUUUCCGUUGCUUUUUAUAACUUUCGUUGUGCUACAGCAUGAAAUUUUUCCUUUAUGACAAUAGGCACAACCACUUAUUAUGCUCAGGCUUAUUAUGAUAAUCGUGCUUAUGCUUAUCCAUGGGUAUUCCAGUGGUGCCGAAGUCAUGUUCUGUAAUUCUAUUUUUCUUUCCUUUAGUUUCUUCACAUCUAUUCCUAUAUCAAAGAGGCGUUUGUUGUUUAUAAACGUAUAGAGCGUGUUCUUUUUAUCCAAUACCGGUAUAUCUGUGUGCUUAGAUAUCUCCUUUUGUUCUAUCGGCUCCUCCAGGAUUUUCCUGAGGUAUAUUGGUUCCUCGGCUUCUUUUUUAUCUUGGUGUCUGAUGAUUACCUCACUAGUUCUCAGCAUCGUGCCGUGUUUCAAUUCCAUAGUCCCCACUCCUAAUAUUUCUUUUCUUUCAACUCUUUCGCCAUUAGUUUGCGUUAUAUUAAUUUCUGUUGAUCUUGGCGCCACAUACACCCAUAUAUUUGGCCGCGCUGUUUCGAACCACAUUGUAUGAUUUAACCUAAGUGCGCGGGCAUCACAGGUCCUUGCCGUUCCUUUAAAAACCAUAUUUGCGAGGCACUCGCUGCUUGUCUCUAGAUUGCUUUCCAUAUUAGUCAUAUUACAUAUCUUCGUCCCAAUAUAGUCACUGCAUCCUUUGUACGUCUUAUCAUCUAUGACAUAUCCCCAUCUCCUGUUUUUCGCUACCAUUAUUAUGUUUCUCUUGAGAUGUGUUAGCGUUACUAUAUUACCAUGCAUUCGUGGCAUAACUAUUCCCCUUAGUGUCGUAAACUCUGCUUUUGUAACCAGUGGUAUCGCUAGUUUUACUUUCAAUAUACCUCUUUCAUCCAUAAUGUGUGUGAUUCUGGCCAUGUUAAAUAUUUCCAAACUUAAAUACCCGUUUUCUGUUCGCGGGAAGUCUGUAUUUCCCGUCGAUCUUUUCCCCUGUGUCUCCAUUUCCUUUAGCAAUUGCAUGGGUUCUGCUAGCUCCGUUAUUAUUUCAAUUGCUCCCGCCUCCCCGGCUAGUAUUUUUAAUGCAAGUAUUUGUCUAUGACGUAUUCUCCGUACGAUGUUUCGCCAUUCCACUACUUUUCUUAUUUCUGUCAUUUCCAUCAACAAUAAGUGUCUUGUUGAUUCUGUUUGGUUCAUGUCCCUGAGAACCUCGUUUUUCAUUUCUUCGUCUUUCCGAUAUGUUUCAAUAGCCUUCAGAUCUAUCUGAUGCACUGACUCAUUCACCAAGUUAUAAAUUGAAUCGACGGCUGCAGUUUGUUGAUACGUUAGCUCUUUUAUUUUUUCCUCAUUGCCUCUUAGCCUAUCUAUAUCCAUAUCCAUUCUUCUCCUAUCUUCGGAGUCCAUUAGCCCUAUCGCGUUCCACACGCUUCGGCGUUUCCUUCCCCUCGGCGAUCUCCUUAUCAUUUCUCCGAGGUCGUAUAUUUCUUUGCUAUCUUCCUCAAGCAUUUUAAUUAACUCCCUGCACCGGUUAGGAUCUAUCGUUCUUGGUGCAGCUUUGCAGUCCUCCACCAGGGACUGUACCCCCUGU